AUGGCAGAUACCGAUGUUUUCGAAGACAAUCAAUAUCCAGAUAAUGAUGAAUUCGUCCCAUACGUGACUGCCGGCAAUCUUGCACAGAAGAAUGGCGCGAAAGUAACGCUUUGGGGUAAAGUCACCAAAGUUUCGGCUAGCGAAGGAUUUUACGUAAAAACCGUUGAUGACCAAGAAGUAUUGAUAAGGUUGAAGAGACCCUUGAGUGAGCCAUUAGAAGGGUGGUACGAAAUAUAUGGCGUUUCUCAAGGUAAAAGUGUGUUAUGUGAUGAGUAUGUACCUUUUUCCGAAGAAAUGUGCAAGAACAUCGAUACCGAAGGGCAUAAAGGCCUUGCAAGAUUGCUCGCUGCUUUAGAUGAUCCCUGGAAUCUUGGAGAAGAUGGCUCUAGUGAUAUGAAUGAAACUUCAUUCUCUUCUCGUGCUGUACAGCGUUGGAGAGAACUCCUUCAAUGCAGCACCUACGUAUUUAAAAGUUACAAGUCUCCUGCGCGUCCAUAUGUGUGUAUAUGGUUCGAGUCUCAGAGACGCCCUCUAGUUGAGUCGACCCCCUCAGGUUCGAGUGGUCUAGAGGAUCCAGACGGAGACCCCCCGUGGGGAGAUGCUAUCCGCCUGGAAUACCUCUAG